GUUACUAUGAAGAUCACGUACAAUACACAUCACUGCGUUUGUCAGUAAAGAAGAAACAUUAUUAGAAUAUCUGAAAAAUUCAGUUGCUGAACAAGACAAUGUCUGACAAGACCGAGAACCACACCUCAGAGCUUCCUGAUGCACACGGAGGGCGUCUAGAGGAAAACCCGGGCACUGGGCUAUUAAAUGUGAAGGAAGAGGAUGAGACAGAUGACAUGAAUAGUCAUCAGACUGAAAUACAUUGCUCCCUCCCUGCCGAUGAGGAUAAUGCUGAUAUAGUGAAAGUUGAGAUAACAGAAGAUCUGUGUGUGACGCGUCAGCUGGGAGACCCUGAUGAGAACACAAGUGACAGUAUCAGCCCAGGUGAAUUUACAAACUGCAAUAAUCCAAGUCAUGGUCAGAGUGCUAAUACUUCUUUAAGUCUUCAAAAUCAAAGAAGUCACAUGGGAAAUAUAUGUUCUGACUGUGGGAAAUGUUUUACCAGGAAAUCAGUACUUAUUAGGCAUCAGAAAAUUCAUAUAGGAGAGAAAGCAUUUUCAUGUUCUGACUGUGGAAAAUGUUUUAAUGAGAAAUUAAAUCUUACUAAGCAUCGGAAAAUUCAUACUGGAGAGAAAGCAUUUUCAUGUUCUGAAUGUUUGAAAUGUUUUACUCGGAAAUCAAAUCUUACUAAGCAUCAGAAAAUACAUACAGGAGAGAAAGCAUUUUCCUGCUCUGACUGUGGGAAAUGUUUUACUCAGCAAUCAAGUCUUAUUAUUCAUCUAAACAUUCAUACAGGAGAGAAAACAUUUUCAUGUUCUGACUGUGGGAAAUGUUUUACUCAGAAAUCCUCUCUUAUAAUGCAUCAGAAAAUUCAUACAGGAGAGAAAGCAUUUUCAUGUUCUGAAUGUGAGAAAUGUUUUACCAGGAAAUCACAUCUUUUUGACCAUUCGAAAAUUCAUACAGGAGAGAAAGCAUUUUCAUGUUCUGACUGUGGGAAAUGUUUUACCAGGAAAUCACAUCUUUUUGACCAUCAGAAAAUUCAUACAGGAGAGAAAGCAUUUUCAUGUUCUGACUGUGGGAAAUAUUUUACGCUGAAAUCAAAUCUUAUUAGGCAUCUGAAAAUUCAUACUGGAGAGAAAGCAUUUUCAUGUUCCGAAUGUGGGAAAUGUUUUACUCUGAAAUCAAAUCUUAGUAAGCAUCAGAAAAUACAUACAGGAGAGAAAGCAUUUUCAUGUUCUGACGGUGGGAAAUCUUUUCCCUGAAAGGACAUCUUGUUACUCAUCAGAAAAAUCAUAUUAAAGGAAAUUGGUAAAGUCACAGCUUAAAGGGGCAGUUCACCCAAAAAUUGUAUCACAUUUAAAUUGUUCCCAAUGGUCCAUUUUACCUGCUGGAGUGUAUUAAAUUGUUUACAAGUA